UCAGCUCCUCUGCUGCACAAGCCGGAGACUUACCUGAGACUCACCUGAACCCAGGAUCGACUGCACACAGAGGAUCUGCAGGAAGAGGAAAAGGGGAAGGGAUGAUGAGGAGGAGAGGGGAGCCGAUGGAGGACAGCUCCACGCUCAUCACUAUGGAUGCCAGGCAGGAAGACAACUACGGCAGCAUCGCCAUGGAAACUGCUGUCAGUGAUGCACCUGCCAAGCCCCAGGACAGGAAUGUGUUGAGUGACGGGUCGAGUCAAGUCGAUUUUGUGUUGGUGUGGGAGGAGCCUAUGUGCUUACAGGAUGAGGAGAUUUCAGGUGUUAGUCAGGACCGAAGGAAAUGGAGGGAAAAGUUUCUGAACAAACUGAAACACUCUGGGCUGCUGCUGGAGCAGAGGGAGGUCCUUCAAACGAAGACAAGGAUCUGUUUUGUCCUCCUCAGUGCUCCUUGGAGUGUCCUGUGUUACUACGCAGAGGAGAUCAUUCUGAGAGUACCUCUGCAGGUGGUCACAGCUCCAAUCGUGAACUGGUCUGAGCAGGUUUUGUCCCGGCUGUCCCUACGUAGUCCUCUUUCUCAGGACGUUCCCAACCCCCCACCUGACUACUACACCUGUCAGUUCAGGACCAACAAGCUGGAGAGGUUUCUGGGCAGCGAGGACCAGACAAAUUUCUUUAAGAUGACUCAGAGACAUCAGGUGCUCUACGAGAUCUUGGCCAGGACUCCGUACGGUUUGGUGAAACAGGGGGAAGUGGGAAUCGACCGCCUGCUGAACGAGCAGGUCUUCACCGCUGCAUACCCGCUGCAUGAGGGUGAUUUCAAGGUACCUGACCCCACUGUGCCCCCCCAGUCUCUAAGUCUGAGACAGACCCUGUACACAUACUGGGCCAAAUGGUGCUGCUGGAAACGCUACCAACCUCUGGAUCACAUCAGGGCGUACUUUGGAGAGAAGAUAGCGCUCUACUUUGCCUGGCUCGGUUUCUACACUGGCUGGCUGGUGCCGGCGUCCGUCGUUGGAACUUUGAUCUUCUUUGUUGGCUUUUGGCUCAUGGCCACUGAUGUUCCAGCGAGGGAGGUGUGUGACAGCAGCAACAACUUAGUCAUGUGUCCUCUCUGUAACAUCUGCUCCUACUGGAAUUACUCAAGCAUCUGCGUCACCUACAAGGUAGGUCUGUUGUUUGACAAUGCAGGAACAGUGUUUCUCAGCGUCUUCAUGUCGCUGUGGGCCGUCACCUUCCUCGAGUACUGGAAGAGAACGUGUUCAACUCUGGCCCACCGCUGGGAUUGUUCCCAGUUUGAGGACAUCGAGGAGCGACCUCGUCCAGAGUUCACAGCAAUGGCGCCGAUGACCACGAGGAACCCAGUGACAGGAGCAGAGGAACCUUACUUUCCUGAGAACAAACGAUUCAGCAGAACUCUGACUGGCUGCAUGGCCAUCCUUAUCAUGAUGAUUGUGGUGAUGAUGUUCCUCAUCGCCAUCAUUCUGUAUCGAAGCAUCCUCAGAAUCAUCAUCUACAGGUCUGGCAACAAAUUUGUCAGUUUGUCUGCUGCGAGGAUAGCCAGUCUUUCAGGAUCUGUGUUGAACCUGUUGGUCAUCCUCAUGUUGUCCAGAGUUUACACUUCACUGGCCCACACCCUCACCCGCUGGGAGAUGCAUCGGACUCAGACUAAAUACGAAGACAUGUUCAUUCUCAAAGUUUUCAUCUUCCAGUUUGUUAACUUCUACUCGUCUCCGGUGUACAUCGCAUUCUUCAAAGGCAGGUUCGUUGGUUACCCUGGACACUACAACACUCUGUUUGGAGUUCGUAACGAAGACUGCGGAGCGGGUGGAUGUCUGAUUGAACUGGCUCAGGAGCUGCUCGUCAUCAUGGUGGGAAAACAGCUGAUCAACAACAUCCAGGAGUUCAUCUACCCGAAGUUGAGGACGUGGUGGCAGAAGAAGAAGCUUCGUCGCCGUCCAAAAGAGAUGAAGGAGGAGUCGGGGGAAGCGAAAGGGGAAGAGCCGGAGGAGGUUUCUCCCUGGGAGGCAGACUACCAGCUGCUGGUCUGUGAGGGGCUCUUCAGUGAAUACUUGGAGAUGGUGCUACAGUUUGGUUUUAUCACCAUCUUUGUGGCGGCGUGUCCUCUCGCUCCGCUCUUUGCUCUGAUCAAUAACUGGGUGGAGAUCCGUUUGGACGCUCAGAAGUUUGUGACUGAAUAUCGCCGCCCAGUGGCGGAGCGAGCUCAGGACAUAGGCAUCUGGUUUUCCAUCCUGCAUUGCAUCGCACACAUCGCAGUUCUAAGCAAUGCGUUCCUCAUAGCGUUCACCUCGUCCUUCGUGCCUCGUCUGUACUAUCGCUACAUCAAGGACAGCACUCUGACCGGCUACAUCAACUUUACCUUGGCAACAUCACCGAGCAACUACAGCCAGCAGCACAUGCCCUGCAGGUAUUUAGGUUUCAGGGAUCAUGAAGGAGAACACCUCCCUGAGUACUAUCACCUCCUCGCCAUCAGACUCACCUUUGUCAUCGUGUUUGAGCAUGUGGUCUUCUUCAUCGGCCGUCUGAUCGACCUGACGGUCCCCGACAUCCCAGAGGAGGUGGAGGUGAAGAUAAAGAGGGAGCACUACAUGGCUAAGGAGGCGCUGGCUGAAAAUCAGGCUUUGGGGAAAUCCAUGAUUCCUAAUGAGACGGAUGUCCAGUCAAAGGAUCUGAGACAGCGAGCACCACGAGCCUCACCGCCACAGAGCGACUCCCCUCCCCCAAACCUGAAGGGAAUCCCUGAAGAACCCGAUACACACGGAAGCUGCUGAAAAGAAAUCACUACAUGUCCUCCAAAAACCUCAACAUCCACAUCUGCUGGACUGAGAUAGACCCUGAUCAACCUCUGACAGAUCUACAAGAUUGAGAACUACAUUCAGCACAGGCCCUACAAGAAUGUGGCAAGAUCAAGAUCUGCACAACUAUUUCUGGACUUACAGGAAAAACUCGACUUCUGUUACAUAUUUCAAGGAUCUGUCAGACCUCUGCUUAGACUCUCGAUAUCUACAGGACUUCUGAACCAUUCCAACAGCUUCAGGGGAUCUUUUAAACCCCAAAUCCUACAAGAUCACUGAUAGAGAGCCACAAAUCAUGUCAGAUAAAAAAGCUGUAUAACCUCUACUGGAUUUAUACAAGAUCUGCACUGUCUCUGUCAAACCUCCACACACACUACAACAGGUCUACAAUAUCUAUGAUUGUUUUUAAGAUCUACCAGUUUUUUAGAGUUCUAUCAUUUCCCUUAAGAAUUCUGUGAUUGGUCUACAAGAUCAAAGAAAUGCCUCAAAGAUUUAGUUGGCUUUUACUAGAACUGUAUAUCAUCUGUGAGAUAUUCAAACCAUCUCCACAAGAUCUUCAAUAGACCAUAUCCAUGCCGAUGGAAUAUGUUAUAUAGCAAGAUCUCCAAGGAACUCUGCCAGACCUUUAAAAGAUCCAUGAGCUGUAAAACCUUACAUGUCUCUGUAGAUCUGGACUUGAGCAUCCACAAGGCUUUACCUGAGAGCCUGUUUAAGAUCUACAAGAGAUUGUCAGGAUCCCUUCGUCCUACAAGAGCUUCUGUUGUAGUCCUAAAAGACCUCCACGAUGUCUGUGAGUUCUCUGCAAGAUCUGUGCAAAAGAUUUCUUUUUGACCAGAGGAAUAGCUACAGUGGAUGAGUUUAACCUCCACACAUCAAACCAAAGCUCUGCAAGAGAAGUCCUGUCCUUCAACACUCCACUAGAUCUACACAAUACUAACAAGAUCCCACAGAAUGCUGUAAGAGAAAUGAAAAUCCCCAAGAUGCCUUGAUCAGCUACAAGAGUUUUUUACAAGAACUAGGAAGGCGUAGGCCCUGGGUUCUGGACUUACUGUUGUGUAUAUGACUUGCAGGACAAUACAAAACAUUCAACAGAUUUAGAAAGUGGUUUUCAAGAGUUCUAAAACAGGAACUCUGCGGUCUGUCAGACCUGAACAUGGACCACAUGAAAGGCCUCACAGAGGACCUAGAUGUCUUCAAGACCAACAAGUGAGCAGAGUAAAAGAACCCCAGAUGUUUCAUUUCUAUAUCAGAUUUAAAAACUUCAAUUGAAAUGUGUUCCUAAUAUUUUUGUUGUUUGUGUAAAAUUAUUGUAGGGCAACAUGUAAGAAACGUGUUUGAAUGUUUGUCUUGUUAACGUAGCUCGUUGUUGAUUUUUUUUUUUUUUUUAACUUAUAUAUUUUUUUGCUGUCUUUUUACCUUUAUUGGAUAGAACAGCUGUAGAGACACAGGAAGUGGAUGAUGACAUGAUUUGAACCCAGGACUGCUGCAAUGAGCACUAUAGCCUCCAUGGCAUAACUGCUAGGCUUUCUGGCGCCCCUUCUUGUUGACCCUUGUUUGGUUUUGAAAAGUUCAGCUCAGUCUGUAGAUAAAUUAGUUUAGGCACCGGUGGAUAAGAGCAGUCAGACUAAACUUAAACCACUGAUUUGAAGUUUUCAGUCCUUAAGGCAAAACACAUAGAGGAGAAAGAAGAAUACAUCUUUGAGCAUAUUUAUAUAUUUUUUGAUAGAUCUGUUGCUGUAUUUAUUUUAACAGAAAUGUAGCAAAUAUUUGUUGAUAAUUUAAUAGAUCAAUGUUUCUCUGGAGAAGGAUUAAUAUAAGAUGCAAAUAAAAGUUGUUCAGGA